GUUGCCGGAACGAGGUAGGUGGGUCCCAAAGCAUCCAAUGAUAAGCGAGUCAAGGGGGAAGAGGGCGGGACACCGGGAAAGGAUUGUCCAAUGAAAAUCACUAGCGCCAGACACCGGGAUAGCUUCGGGGUAGAAGGAAAGAUGGAGAAUUUCACGGCGCUGUUCGGAGCUCAGGCUGAUCCACCCCCACCUCCAACCGCACUCGGCUUCGGACCAGGAAAACCUCCACCCCCACCUCCUCCUCCUCCAGGCGGGGGACCCGGCACGGCUCCACCCCCCACCGUGGCCACGGCCCCUCCCGGUGCCGACAAAGCAGCUGGUUGUGGUCCCUUCUACCUAAUGCGGGAACUGCCAGGCAGCACAGAGCUGACAGGAAGCACCAACCUGAUCACACACUACAACCUGGAACAUGCCUAUAAUAAAUUCUGUGGGAAGAAGGUGAAGGAGAAGCUGAGUAACUUCCUGCCUGACCUGCCAGGGAUGAUUGAUCUGCCAGGUUCCCAUGAUAAUAGCAGCCUCCGUUCCCUCAUUGAGAAGCCCCCUAUUCUUGGUGGCUCUUUCAAUCCUAUCACAGGGACCAUGCUGGCUGGCUUCCGCCUCCACACUGGCCCGUUGCCAGAGCAGUGUCGUCUGAUGCAUAUUCAGCCUCCUAAGAAGAAGAAUAAGCACAAGCACAAACAGAGCCGUACCCAGGAUCCUGUCCCCCCAGAAACACCAUCUGAUUCAGAUCACAAGAAAAAGAAAAAGAAAAAAGAAGAGGAUCCUGAACGGAAAAGGAAAAAGAAAGAGAAGAAGAAAAAGAAGAACCGACACAGUCCAGACCACCCAGGUAUGGGCAGUUCUCAGGCCAGCAGCAGCAGCAGCCUCCGCUAACAGGACCACUGGACUCUGCCAGAAUGACUUUUCCAUGCUGUACUGAACCUGCUGUCAAAAGCUGCCUUCCUGGCUCUUGGAUAUUGCCUUAGGAGCAUCCCGUGGCUGGAACAGAAGCCAGUCCUACAUGCUCAGUUAAGAGUAAUGCAUUAUGAGAAAGGCCAUGCUUUUGUAAGGCUCAGUCUAGCUUUCUCAUGGACAUCUCUUCCUCUCCCAGGAAGCUUUCAUCUCUUUUGUGCAUUUUGUCUGAUUUAGAACCUUAUCUGAUUUGUUAGGGUUUUUCUUUUUAAAAAAAUUUGCAUUUAUCAAACUGG